AGAGGUUAGAUUUAGAUAAAAACUAUAUUGGUUUAAAAAAUACUGUAACUAACCAGUUAUUUAUAGUUUUAUUAGGUAAUACAUAGCAAUAAUAAUGCUCGCCACAAUAGAGAGGAGUAUUGUAUCAUCUUGCCGGCUUCUUCACCGAAGUAUCCACAGUCAAUAUCUAAUAACAAAUGAGGCUAAUGGUACAAGAGAAAUAACACUCAACCAUGAGAAAACAAAAAAUUCUUUAUCUUUGGACAUGAUGAACCACCUCAUAGAAGCAAUCAAUUCGAAUAAGGAUGAUACCUCGCUGAGGGCUAUUGUGUUAUCAGCCAAAGGCAAUAUGUUCUCUGCUGGACACAACCUGAAGGAACUACAAUCGAGCACUGGUAUUGAUCAACAUAAAUUAGUGUUCCAAACAUCAUCAGAGUUAAUGAAGUCGAUUAUUCAAAGCCCAGUUCCUGUUAUAGCGAAGGUGAAUGGUUUUGCGGCUGCGGCGGGAUGCCAGCUGGUUGCGACCUGUGAUAUGAUUGUAUGUUCAGACACUAGCAAGUUCUCUACCCCUGGCGCCAAUUUCGGGAUAUUCUGCUCGACCCCAGGGAUAGCCGUUGGCAGAUGUGUGCCAAAGUCUAGGGCUAUGUACAUGCUUUUAACGGGUUUGCCCUUAACGGCACAAGAGGCCUAUGACAGUGGACUCGUCACCAAAGUGGUUCCAGCUGCCCAACUAGACGAUGAAGUCACCAAAAUAGUCGAAAGCAUCAAACACAAAAGCAGACGCGUCAUCGCACUUGGAAAAGAGUUCUAUUAUAAGCAAAUUGAUAUGAAAUUACUUGAUGCUUACGGUUUAGGUGAACAGAUAAUGGUGGAGAAUAUAAAUAUGGAUGAUGGACAGGAGGGUAUUAAGAGCUUUGUUGAAAAACGUAAAGCCAGUUGGCAUCACAAGUAACCAGGUUUUUUUUAUAUCUACCAUAGCAACCAGUGGUCUGUAAAAUAC